UUUCAUACGGCGAAAACUUGAAGCAAAGGACAUCCAGCAAGAGAACAUCAUGUCGAGGUCAGUCUUGGGCCUUGUUCGCCAGCUGGCACAGGCCUCCAAGCCAGUGACAUUUGGUUGUGCACGUAUAGCUGGAUCCCGGACGUACGCUACGUUUGAUCGCUCUAAGCCUCAUCUCAACAUUGGUACGAUUGGCCAUGUUGACCACGGUAAAACAACCCUCACGGCAGCCAUCACAAAAGUCCUUGCUGCAAAAGGUGGUGCGAGUUUUAUGGACUACAACCAAAUCGACAAGGCUCCCGAGGAGAAGGCGCGUGGUAUUACCAUUGCAACGGCGCAUGUUGAGUAUUCAACAGAUAAGCGACACUACUCCCAUGUGGAUUGUCCUGGGCAUGCGGAUUACAUCAAGAAUAUGAUUACCGGUGCGUCGCAGAUGGAUGGUGCCAUCAUUGUCGUGAGUGCUACGGAUGGACAGAUGCCACAGACGCGUGAACACUUGUUGCUUGCGAAACAGGUGGGUGUGACCAACCUUGUGGUGUUUAUCAAUAAAGUCGAUGCGGUGGAUGAUGAGGAGAUGCUGGAACUUGUUGAAAUGGAGAUGCGUGAGUUGCUGGGCACCUAUGGGUAUGAUGGUGAUGCUACACCCAUCAUCAUGGGUUCUGCGCUUGCUGCAUUGGAAGGUCGAGAUGCCAAGAUUGGUGCCGAGGCGAUUGCAAAGCUCAUGGAUGCCGUGGAUGAGCAUAUUCCUCAACCCAAGCGAGAGCUCGACAAACCAUUCUUGAUGCCGUGUGAGGAUACGUUUUCGAUUUCCGGACGUGGUACGGUUGUUACGGGCCGUGUUGAACGUGGAUCACUCAAGAAGGGCGCUGAUGUUGAGAUUGUCGGGUAUGGUGCACCCAUCCGAACGACCAUCACCGGUGUCGAGGCCUUCAAGAAGGAAUUGGAUGCUGCAACUGCAGGCGACAACUGUGGUCUGUUGCUGCGUGGCAUCAAGCGUGAACAAGUCCGUCGCGGCAUGGUCAUUGCACAACCGGGUACAGUCAAGGCACACAAGAAGUUCUCUGCGAGCUUCUACAUCUUGACCAAGGAUGAAGGUGGUCGGCGUACAGGCUUUGCAGACCACUACCGGCCGCAGAUGUUUAUCCGCACUGCCGAUGUGACGAUUGUGCUGACACGCAAGGCAGGAUCACCGGAGGGCGAGCUGAUUAUGCCGGGUGACAAUGUCGACUUGGACUGUGAGCUGGUGCACCCUAUGGCGAUUGAGAAGGGAAGCCGGUUUACGAUCAGAGAGGGCGGCAAGACUGUGGGCACUGGGCUGGUGAGUGCUCUGCAUGACUAGGCUCUGCUACUGCUGUCUGUAGCUGUCUCGUCCCUACUAGUGACUAAUAUCGAUAUCUCCGCUGGCUGUCUGGUCUCUGCUCUGGCCUUCUUUAGCAUCGUCCGUAGUAGCUGAUCUCCAUGUCCAUACUGCCUCUGCCCAGCAUCCCUAGCCUGUAUCUCAUCCAUACCACCCACAGCGACCAUCUCCAUCAAUAUUCCCCCCUGCCGCUCUCUCGUUGC